CCAUAAUGCACUGCGGAUGAAUAUGGCCGAUUUUUGCUCUGGAUUGUCGUCAGAGUGAGAAUAAAUGUGCUGUUUCUUCGUUACACCGGCUCACAUCUCCUAAAAUCCACCCAGCAGUUUGUGAAGAGUCUCGCACAGAUUAUGUGUUUGUGACCUUGUUGUGAGAAAGUGACGAAUCUCCGCGUUUAUCUCCGUAGCAACAGAAUCUUUCUGUGAUCGCAGACCAGAGCCAACAUGGCCGGAGUCAUCGCCAAGCGAGAGGGACCACAUUUCAUCAGUGAAGUGGCUGUGAGGGGGAACGCCGCCGUGCUGGACUACUGCCGCACCUCUGUGUCUGCUCUGUCUGGAGCAACAGCUGGCAUCCUGGGGCUGACAGGACUCUAUGGCUUCAUUUUUUAUUUCCUCGCCUCAUUUCUCCUCUCUCUGCUGCUCAUUCUGAAGGCAGGACGGCGGUGGAACAAAUGCUUCAAAUCGCGGAGGCUGCUCUUCACCGGAGGCCUCGUCGGAGGUCUUUUUACCUACGUCCUGUUCUGGACUUUCCUUUAUGGAAUGGUGCAUGUAUACUAAAGUGAUUUAACAUGAAUAACCCUGACUUAUUUCUGUCUAAUCCUAAACAGUUAAAAUUGUCUGUCCUGCUGUAGAUAAGGCAUUAGUGAAGGUCUGUUGAUCUACUGUAGGAUAUGCAGGAUAAACGGUCUCACUUUUCUUCAUGCUAAUCUGUAACUGUGAACCUACAGAAAACUAUUGUUUUUACUCUAUAUACAGAGUCAUCCACUCCACAGUAAAAGCCAUGGUUAUUAAAUUUAGGUUGUUGUGUAACGGAUCUUAACGUAUAACACUUUAACACUGUUUUGCUUUACUUUUCAUGUACAAUACUGAGGUCAGAUAAUAGAAUUAUAAAUGUGAUAACUGAUUUGAAUUAAUGCCUCUGUACAAGUUGCUUGUAUAGAUUUGUUAGGCAGUAUCACUAAAUGAAAUGAGACAUGACAAAUACAUUUGUUUCCAACAAUAAAGAAUAUUCAAUAAAUACAAACAGGAACAGGA